AUGGACCACCUGACUGCGCUCUUCCAGGAGAUGUGGCGUCAAGGUGAAAUCCCGCAAGAUUUUAAGUACGCAACCAUCGUGUAUCUCUACAAGAGAAAACGGAACCGCCAAGUCUGCGACAAUCACCGUGGCAUCUCCUUGCUGAACAUCGCCGGGAAGAUCUUCGCUCGCAUCCUCCUCAAUCGUCUUAAUAAUCAUCUGGAACAGGGCCUCCUGCCGGAAAGUCAAUGCGGUUUCCGUCGUCAUCGCGGGACCACGGAUAUGAUCUUCGCCGCCCGUCAACUUCAGGAGAAGUGCCAGGAGAUGCGAACCCACCUGUACUCUACCUUCGUGGAUCUGACAAAAGUCUUCGACACGAUGAAUCGUGAAGGGCUGUGGAAGAUCAUGCAGAAAUUCGGUUGUCCGAAACGAUUCAUCCAGAUGGUGCGUCAGCUGCACGACGGUAUGAUGGCGGAGUCACGGACAACGGAGCUGUCUCAGAGGCAUUCGCAGUAACCAGCGGAGCGAAGCAGGGAUGCGUGCUGGCGCCUACCCUCUUCAGUCUUAUGUUCUCUUCCAUGCUGAUGGACGCCUACCGCGACGAACGUCCCGGGAUCCGCAUCGCCUACAGGACGGACGGUCACCUUCUGAACCAACGACUGAUGCCCUUCCAGUCGCACGUAUCCACAACCACCGUUCACGAACUUCUCUUUGCCGACGACUGCGCCCUGAACACCACUUCGGAAGAGGAGAUGCAAAGGAGCAUGGACCUGUUCUCAACCGCCUGCGAGAACUUCGGUCUGGUCAUCAACACGCAGAAGACGGUGGUGAUGCAUCAACCGCCACCCAACACCGCCACUCCCCCCCAGCACGCCGCAAAUCAGCGUGAAUGGGACCCAACUGCAAGUGGUGGAGAACUUCCCGUACCUGGGUAG